AUGACAUCUAAUGCAUCUACUACAUCUGUUGGAUCAACCGCCAUUGGUGCACAUAAACGUAAUUCAGAUGAUGUUGGUUGGGAAUAUGCUGUCAUCCCGGAUAAAAGCAACAUGGAUAGAUUGAAAUGUACCUUGUGUGGAAAAGUGUUUGGUGGGGGGAUUUAUAGGAUGAAACAACAUAUUGCUCAUGUGACGGGGAAUGUAUCUUCAUGUCCAAAAUCUACAAAAGAUGAUCAAUUGAAAUGUCUAAAUUAUCUUAACGAAGGGAAGUUGAAAAAGAAAGCUAAAAAAGUUCAUAUUGAAGACUUAAGGGUAGAGGCGAGACAAGAAUUGCAUGAUAGCGUGGAUGAAGUAGAAAAUUCUUUGGGGUCGAAGGCUCCAAAUGUUAUAGGCCUCAUGGAUAACUUCACAAACAUAAUAAACCCCGAAGAAGUUGUGAAGGCGGGAAAGGGCAAAAAUAUUGAUCUUAACAACAUUGUCCGGAAAGAAAGAAUAUUAGCGGUCCAUAAAUUUAUUAGUAGGUGGGCAUAUGAGAGUGCGAUUCCUUUUCAUGCAUUUGAAAGGGAUAGCUUCAAAAUGAUGUUGGAGGUUAUUGGCCAAUUUGGAACCGGGCUUCCAUGUCCUACUAGAUAUGCUUUGAGUGACCCACUUCUAAAGCUUGAAGUUGAAAGAACAAAAAAUUUGUUGAAAAAAAACGAAAAAGAAUGGAAAGAGGAUGGAUGCUCGAUUAUGACGGAUGCUUGGUCCGAUCGAAAGAGGAGAAGCAUUAUGAAUUUAUGUGUUAAUUCGAAGAUGGGUACCGUUUUUUAUCUUCAAAAGAAUGUUCCGGUGAAGCACAUACAAGCCAACACAUAUAUGAGUAUCGGAGCACUCCCAAGGUUUAAGAAAAUCCUAGAUCAAGCAAAGAAACUAACCAUAUUCAUUUACGCUCACCACAAAACCUUGGCGAGGAUGAGAAGUUACACCAACAAAAGGGAAAUUAUCCGACCGGGAGUCACGAGAUUUGCUUCCGCCUUUCUAACAUUACAAAGUUUGUCCGAAAAAAAGGAGCAACUAAGACAUAUGUUCUCUAGCAACGAAUGGGAGGAAUGUAAAUUUUCCGGUAAGCCUAAAGGGAUUGCCUCAUAUAAAACGGUGACAAGUGUCCAAUUUUGGUCCGGUGUGACACAAUGUUUAAAAGUGUUCUCUCCUUUGGUGAAAGUCCUUCGAAUGGUUGAUGCUGAUUGGAAGCCCUCAAUGGGUUUUGUUUACGGGGAGAUUAAAGUUGCAAAAGAAGAAAUUAUCAAAUCUUUGGGUGGUAACGAGAAACACUACAAGCCUAUUAUAGAUAUCAUAAACACAAAAAUGAAAGGUCGACUAGAUUCAACUUUACAUUUGACAUCUUAUCUUUUGAAUCCGUAUUACCAUUAUAAUGAUGCAUAA